ACCCUUCCUCGCUAACAUGCUGGGCCCCUCUACAGUCCACUGGUUCCCAGAACAGCUCUAUGCCUCACAGGACGAGGCAGAAUGGUACGAUCGGUGGACGAACCUUCCGUUGCCGAAGCAUGCUCCAAUGCUCGGAGGCAGUACAUUCCCGCAAUUGGGGUACGACGCGUACCUUCCAGAAUGUGCUGAACAGCAGCGCCCUCAGUCUUCCCUCAGCUUCAGCGGGCUGUCAACGCCGGGGCUCUCGUGGAGAGACUCUUCCUGCUCGCCGCUCUCAUCCCUCGAGGACCCGGCUCUCACCUCCGUUCCUAACGCCGCAGACAUCAGCUUCUCGACUACAAUAGACCCAACAUCUCCGCAUCUGACGUCGUCGCCACACUCCGCAUUCACGAGCCAGCCCAGCGAUACAUACACAUUCGACGGCUCACGGGGGCAGGGGCUCCCCGCGUAUACGUUGGAGCCGAAUCUUUCGCUCUCACUUUCCUCCGUGGACGAGAUACUAGCUUGCGAAGCCAGCUGGCCAAGCGUACUCUUGGGCGGAUUGUCGGCCGCCGGAGCGCCUCUGUCAGCGCCACACAUGCCUCCAUCACCGAGUGACGCAGCUCCUGCGCAGGAGUUACCCGAAUUGCAGCAUCCCAAACCUCUUCGGCUAUACGUUCCCCCUUGGCAGACUGCCACGGAGUUUGAUCUAGCAGAAUUCAUCAUCCCGCAGCGGCAGGAGUCAGCAUUUUAUCACUCGGAAAAUGCUUCCUCGUGCCAGGCGGGUCCGCCUUGGGUCAUUGCAUCUCCCGCGCAUCAUGGACAGAUAGAGCAUGCGGAAGAAGACGAAGACGAAGAAGACGAAGAGAUGAAAGAGGUUGAAGAAGACGGGUUCACGAGCGAGGAUGAGGUCGAGGAGCUUAUGGACCUCGAAUGGAUGCCCGAAGACCAGAGUAUCUUCACGCACGCGCAGCAGGACUCUCCAGCACAUCGUUGCGCUGACGGACCCACAUUAUGCUUCGGCAACGCCAUGCUGCCGUCGAUCGUUGUCCACCAGCACGCCCCGCAGAUAUUGCCCCCUGACGCGUUGCUCUACCAACCGCUCCUUAGUUCGGUCGCGUCGAACGUGUGGGCAACCGCGGAGUCGCACCUAUACGCCUACGCUCAUUAAAAUCAUUAUUCUCAGCUUGUAUUUGUUCCUGUGAUGCUCUCCAUCGUUGGCUCGCGUUGUCCACUCCUUUGUUUCUCCUCCAGUUCUAGUCUCUAUGAGGACCGCACUACAUUUCGCCUGAUGCUUCGCACUCUAUUUAUUUUUGUCGUGCGUCUGCAUUUCAUUUCUUCAUUGCCAGCAUGUAUACUACUGCACGUCUUGGUCUGUCUCAUGGUGGCAACGAAUAGAACUGUGCCACUCUAUUGCACGUAGCAUAA